AUGAGAAAUCUCACUGGGCCGCCAGUCCCGCCACACCGGCAAAACCGCGAAUACCAAAGCCUUCCUGGUGAGGGCGAUGAUUCCGCACAAAACCCUUUCAACAGCGAAGCCGGCGAAAGUGUGGCCGACUCUUCUUCGUCGCGUUCUAAUGUUAGCGACACCUUGCUGGGCUCCCGUGCACCAUCUGCCAAUACCUCGACUCACCGUCAUGUUAGCGUACCCUAUGCACCUAGCGUCAUGUCCGGCUCCGACUUCGACAGAUACCCGAAUCGCAAAAGCGUGACGCCUGAUGGGAAUCUAGCCCUCCCUGGUCAGUACUCACAAAGCGAGUUUUCCGAGCGCUCCCGCACGAACUCGUUUUCGUCAUAUGACCAGAACCCCGAUAUCAAUCCGUUUUUGAUGAACGCAGACUUUAGUCCUUUCGGUGGCUACCCUGCUUCAGACUUUCCGCUGCACAUGGAUGAAAAGGAAGCCGACGAUUAUUUACACAACCCAGACCCGAUCGCCGAUGCACUCGAAGACCGCAAGUGUCAUCGUCUCGACAGACGUGGAUGGGGUGCUCUGGUUGCAUUUAUUGCGCUUAUUGGCGGCAUCAUCACUGUGUUUGUGGUCUUGCCCAUUCUGGACUUCACCGACACUGGUCGUGCUCCUACAAAACCUGCCAACCACACCACAUCCAGCAUCAACCACCAGCUUUCAGACUACCAGUAUGGUAUUUUAUCAGCCCUUCGUUAUAAAUCUUUGAUUGAUCCCGAUACACCAAGUUCUGCCAAGACCAUCAAGAGUCACAAUGGCACUACCUGGGACCUUGUUUUCAGCGAUGAGUUCAAUGUCGACGGAAGAACAUUUUAUGAGGGUGACGAUCCCAUUUGGACAGCAGUUGAUUUAUGGUAUGGUGCAACCCAAGAUCUCGAAUGGUAUAGUCCCGACGCAGUCACCACAGCAAAUGGUUGCUUGCGUAUUCAGUUUGAUGCGUUCCAGAACCACAAUCUUAACUUCCGGUCUGGAAUGGUUCAGAGCUGGAACAAGCUUUGUUUGACCGAAGCUCAUAUCGAAAUGGCUGUGCGGUUGCCUGGCUCCGGUAAGGUCCAGGGCUUGUGGCCAGGUUUGUGGACCCUGGGCAACCUUGCGCGGGCUGGUUACUUGUCUACUUCAGAUGGUGUUUGGCCGUACUCGUACAAUGAGUGUGACGCAGGUAUCACCCCGAACCAAUCAUCCCCGGAUGGCAUCUCAUACCUGCCUGGCCAGCGCUUGAACAAGUGUGUUUGUCCCGGCGGCGACCACCCGAACGUCGGUGUGGGUCGUGGUGCUCCGGAAAUCGAUAUUCUUGAAGGCACUGUUGGCGCAACAACUGCAGAGCUUCCCAAUGGUGUCGCCUCGCAAUCGGUUCAGUUGGCUCCCAUGGACAUUUGGUACGUCGUCGAUUACUCCUAUGUCGAAAUUUACAAUAACUCAAUUACUGCGAUGAACACUUGGACGGGUGGUCCAUUCCAGCAGGCUGUUUCUGGCACCACUCAAUUGAAUCCAGACUGGUACCAACAGGACGGUGCCAGUAGUUUCCAAACUUUCGGUAUCGAGUAUCAAAACGAUGACGUCGACGGCUAUAUUUCGUGGUUUGUUGGUCCUCAUGCAGUAUAUACACUGUACGCUCCGGCAAUUGGACCCAACGGUAACAUCGGAGCACGCCACAUCUCGAAAGAAGCCAUGUCAAUCGUUAUGAACGUCGGUCUCUCCAACUCUUGGGUGUAUAUCAACUGGUUGGACCUUGUGUUCCCCGCCAUCAUGGAAAUCGACUAUGUGCGCAUCUACCAGCCCCCGGGCCAAACUCAGCUGACCUGCGACCCUGAGGAUUACCCGACUUUGCAGUACAUCAAUGACCACAUCAAUGCGUACUCGAACCCCAACUUGACUUCCUGGGCGCAGGCAGGUUACCGCUUCCCACCCAACAGUCUAAUGGAUGGGUGCUGA